UCCGCUCCCUCCGCUGCUCCCCUCCCCGCAGACCGAUUCCGCCGCCGCUUCAGUCCGCGCUGCGAGCCGCCGUCCGGACAACCGGAGCGGGACUUUAAUCCUCUGUUACCGGACACACACGCAGCAGCGGCGAACCGGCCUCCGGACGCCCCUCCGCCCUCCUGCCGGUGCUCCGCGGACAGUCGCUGGAGCGACGCUCUGAGCGACGAGCCGACAGCCGAGCGGCAUUGGACUGCAUGAGGAGGCCGAGAGACGGGACCCUGGUCCUCAGCUAGACCCUCCUGACCCCCGACUGCCUGGACAUGAGGUCGUUCAGAUCGUUUGCUAACGACGACCGCCAUGUCAUGGCCAAACACGCCAGCGUUUAUCCGGCGCCGGAGGAGCUGGAGGCCGUCCAGUCGCUGGUGUCCACCGUAGAAGGAGCCCUGAAGAAGGUCUCCGACUGGAUGGAUGACCUCAACAAAACCUCAGGGAAGACGUCCGCUGCCAACGAGGCUGCCGACAAUACGACGGAGGAUGAAGCUGCCAAGACAAAGUCCGACGGUACCUCGGUGCUGUGCGGGGUGACUCGUGUCGGCCUGGUGGCCAAAGGCCUCCUGAUCAAAGGCGACAUGGACCUGGAGCUGGUUCUGAUGUGCAGAGAGAAGCCCACCAAGCUGCUGCUGUACACCGUCAGCGCCAACCUGCCGCUGCAGAUCCAGACAAUGACGGACGACAAAUACGAGGUGCGGUCGAGCGUUCCUGAGGCGGCCAUCCAGGUCUGCAGCAUCAAAGACCCCCAACUCACCCUGAAGAUCACCUUGUCCUCCUUAACCAUGAGGGAUGAUCCCGGCACCACAGAAGAAGAAGAGGAAGGCGACCGGGAAGGCGGUGACAAGCGGCGGCGGAGGGAGGAUGAGGAGGACGAAGACGAGGACGUCCUGGACCGGCAGCGGUGCCGGGCAGCGCUGGCUUUGCUCCGACACGCCAAAUGGUUCCAGGCCAGAGUCACCGACCUGAAGUCCUGCGUCGUCGUCCUCCGGAUUCUCAGAGACAUGUGCAACCGACUUCCUGUGUGGCAGCCGCUCAAAGGAUGGCCUCUGGAGCUGAUCUGUGAAAAGGCCAUCGCCACCUGUAACCGGCCGCUGGGUCCAGGUGAGGCUCUGCGCCGAGUCAUGGAGUGCAUCGCCUCAGGGAUCCUCCUACCAGGAGGUCCAGGAGUUCACGACCCCUGUGAGAGGGAAGCGACGGACGUCCUGAGCGACCUGAACGCCCAGCAGGCCGACGCCAUCACACACAGCGCACAGCAUGCGUUACGCCUCCUGGCCUUUGGACAGCUUUACAAGGUCCUGAAUAUGGAUCCUCUGCCGGCCAACAAGCCUUCACCGAGGCUCUUAGAAGGCGGCUGUCAGAAGAGGCUUCGGGACGACGUCGGCUCAGAUGACAGAGAUUUCAUCAAAAGGAUGAAAGUCCUGGACUGGAGGAUGACGGAUCCCAACCACCCCAUGAACGCUCUGAUGCGUCUCAACCAGAUCCACCCGGGCCUCCAGUACCGCCUGCUGUCCCAGUCCGGUCCGGUCCACGCUCCGGUCUUCACCAUGUCCGUGGAGAUCCAGGGAACCAGCUACCAGGCCACCGGCAACUCCAAGAGGACGGCCAAGCUGCAAGUGGCCCUGAAGGCGCUGCAGGCUCUCGGCUUCGUGCUCGGCGGCGGCGACGGCGACGUGGACUCGCUGAGCGCCGACGAGAAAUCGGACGGCGAGGGGAAGAACGACCGGAUGUCCAGCAGCUCCAGCUCCACCUCCAUCACCUCCUCCACCGACGCUCCGGAGUCCAGAGCUCCGGGUCCGAUCCUGACGGCGGGGGGUAAAAACCCGGUGAUGGAGCUGAACGAGAAACGCCGCGGCCUCAAAUACGAGCUGAUCUCUGAGAGUGGCAGCAGCUACGACAAACGCUUCAUCAUAGAGGUGGAGGUGGACAAGCAGGUGUUUCGGGGGACGGGUCCUAAUAAGAAAGUAGCCAAAGCUAGCGCUGCGUUAGCCGCCCUGAAUAGUUUGUUCUCCGGAUCCAAGUCAACGACCAACAAGAAGAAACGGCCCAACCCUCCACCAAAGCGACCCGUGGCCUCGGUGUUGACCCUCCCGGCUCUCGCUGCCAGACCUCCUCGGGUUCCUGUGAUCCCCAGAGCUCCAUAUAUCAGCACCCCGCCCACACAUGGAUACAUCCCACCAGGUUUUGGUGCUCCUUACGGCUACAGCCCUGCAGGCGCCCUCCCUGCUUACAGUUUUCCCUCCAGAAUGCCCUCAGUAGUUGUCCCAGUCAUCCGAGUCCCUCCAACAUACCCCAUCACCCACCUGUACCCCUAUUAGGACCCUCCCUCACCCAUCUCACAGGAAAUCACUUGUUAAAGGAAUAUCCUUGCUGUGCAUUCGCAUAAAAAAACAACGCUGCAAUCCGACCGACUUCUGAGCAUUAAAUAAGGCAGAACUAUUGUUGCACAGCGUGUUCCCUCCGGGCUACAGCAGCAAUCAGCGAGAUUCAUUUCAGCUGUUAGAAAGUUGCGCUGGCCUCGUCUUUUGCUAUCCGUGUGAACACAGAGUUUGACAAAUAAGCUCUUUGAUCAGCAAACUGUUAUGCAAUGAGGAAAAAAAAAAGGAGCUCAGCAUUUAGCGAGGUGCAGUGUGUGAAAGACUGCUCAGGAAAAUAUUACAAAGCAGGGAGCUGAACGUCUACUGUCGGGUAUUAAAUUUACAAGGGAAGUCAUUAACCUCAGAGCAACGGAAACACCAACCAUCCGUCGGAGUAAGUGAACAAAACAAACAGCCACUAAAUGGACCUGAAAAGGAUUAUUAGCCAGUCAGGACUAUUAAACAUCGUCUGCAGGGAAAAUAACCCAACAACCGCUUUAGAACAGUAAAGACACUAAAAAAUAGCCACUAAAGUACAGCGACUCCUAAAUGUGCAACGUAGAAAACUGAAUAAAUAACAUAUUGAGGAAGUAACAGUUCCCCUACUGUGGCUGAGGCUGUUUCUGUUUGCACUGUUAAUUUCCCUAAAUAUCCACCAUGAAGACAGCACUGUAGGGAAAUAAAGCUACCGGUAAUAGCAGUAACAAAUAAAAAAAGUCCCAAACUAAUACAUGUUCCCACAAUGCUUGAAACUGGACAAUAUUCACUUGAAAGAACAAAACAUCCGCGAUUGUAAAUUAGAAAGAAACUAUUUCACCACUGUCUUCUAGAAAUUGCCAACUGCUGGAUGUCCGAAGAAGAAUAAAACAUGAUCUGUAGAAAACUAAAGAACCUACUGACCACAGACCAUCUAUCAAAGAUCUACAGUACGGAACCAAAAAACAGAUACCUGUAAAUAAAGAAAUUCAAAACCACUUUAAGGAACUAAACAUAGUUUGUUUUUGAUUCAAGAAACUAAACUGUUGAACUUCAAAUAUCUUGUUAGGGGGAACACACUACAAAAUAAAUACAGUUUGAAACCAAAAGGAAAACAUCAGUCAUACACCAUCAACUUUAACAGAGUACAGGGAACUAAAAUGUAGAAACUAGGGAACUCAGUGUAUAUUAACUGAAAGGAACUAAAUAAACAUAUUUUAAAGAGAACUAAAGAACUUACUACCCACUAUUACCAAACGACCGAAUAUCUUGGAAUAUACAACCAAUGGAAAACACCUGCAAUAUACCAACAACUUUAUACAGAGUACAGGGAACUAAAAGAUCCAGGAAGUAAACGUGCUUUGUUUCAAACCUAAAUGAAACUAUCCACCACACAACGACAGAAUAGUUAGAGCACAGAAACAAAUAGAAGACAUAUACACCCCGUCAAAAGUUUUAGGACACUUUCUCAUUCAAAUAAAGUAGAACCUGUCCUACAACUUUUGACAGGGGGUGUAUCUACCAAACUUGGUACACAUGUGCAGCACAUCAGGCUGAACAAAAAAGUCAGUGACAGCCACAUUCCAAACCCAACAGGAAGUGAGCUAUUUGUGUUGAAUGUCGGAUUUUGCCCAUUUUUCAUUUUUUCUAGAGCGAACUCCUCCUAGGGGGAAACUCCAAUUCACCUCAAAUUGGGCCAGUACAUACAGGAGGCCUUAAUGAUCCAAAGUUAUUAAAAUCUUUUUUCCAAAGUCAAAGGGCGUGUCUGUGGCGGCCUGUGGAAUUUUGAUUCUUCGCCAUGAAAUUUCAAAUGCUGUGUAAAUGCCCUGACCAUGCUCCAAUCUGUCUGACACUUUACAUGUAUGAUCAGAGUCCUGUCCUGAUCACAUCCAUGUGAUGAAAUACACCCCCUGUCAAAAGUUGUAAGACAGGUUCUACUUUAUUUGAAUGAGACAGUGUCCUAAAACGUUUAACAGGGGGUGUAUACACCAAGAGCGAAACAAACCAGCUAUUUAUAAGUUAAAAAGGAAAUUAACAAUGACUUCAGGGAACUAAGCUAACACUCACUGCUCACUAAAGAAGCUUAAUUGUUCAAAGUAGGGAACUAAAUAAACAAAACAUCUUCUGCAGGGAAUUAAAGAACUACAAACCAUACGGCCUCUUUAGGGAACCAUAAAACAGCUACGAUAAACCAACAGCUAAAUAAAGAAAUUAUUUAGCAGGGAAUUGAACUAAAAAGCAUACACUACUACAGACUAAAUAUUAACAGUGCGGAACUAAACAGUCUCUUCAGGGAACUAAAAAAUAGAUACCAUGAACCAACCGCCAAAUACAAUGCAGGGAACUAUACAAACUCUUUAGGGAAUUAACAAACAGCUACUACACAGCUAACUGAACCAUUUUUUUUAAAAAAGAAAUUAACAACCACUUCAGGGAACUAAAUUGACACCUGCCGCUUAUUUACAACAAAAUAGCCAAUGUAGGAGAACAAAAGAAACUAAAUUGUUGCCACUUGGGACUAAAUAAAUAUAUUUUAAAAUCAAAACUACAAAUUACAAACCAUAAGCGACCAACAAAAUACUAACAGUAGGGAACUCAACAGCCUCUUCAGGGAACUAAAAAACAGCUACCAGCAGCUAAAUAAAGCAAUUAUUAAAAAAAACAAAACAAAUAUACUUUAAAACCAAAACUAGAACUUAUAAACCAUACAGCACCAACAAAACAGUAACAAUAUGGAACUAAAAAGUCUCUUUAGGGAACCAAAAAAGAGCUACCGUCAAACAACAACUAAAUAAACCCAUUAUUUUAAAGUAAAUAAAGAAAUUAACAGCCACUUCAGGGAAUUAAAUGAACCCCUACUGCCUAUUUCCAACAGCACAGCAAUGUAGGGAAACUGAACAAAUGUAGUUUAAAAUCAAAACUAGAACUUACAGGCUGUACAAUACCGACAAAAUACUGACAGUAGGGAACUAAAAAACCUCUUUAUGGGAACUAAUUCAACACUCAUGGUAGAACAUUAAAACCAGUCAUUGUAGGGUAGCAAAGAAACGUACUGUCACUUUAGGGAACUUAAUAAAUAUCAGCUUUAGGGAACUAAAUAACACACAAUAUGCAGGUAGGGAACUGAUCAGAGCUUAUUUGUCAGACGGCCGAUUAUUCCUUUAACAAUCUCUCAUGGAUGUGAACAUUUUGUUUUGUAUUUUGAUUUUUUCUCUCCGUUUUCUAACGCUGUUUUGAGUUUCUGUUGUAAGAGAGAAGAAAAAAACAGGUUUACACAAAUCGGUUGCACUGAAAAACAUUUUCCUUUGGAUAUUUAAUGUCCGAGUUUACAGUUUACUGUUGAGCCAUUUUUGUUUUUCUUGUUGUUGUGUUGAGUUAAAAAGUACUUUCUUUUCAGAGAGAUGUUUUAUUUUGACCAGUUUGUGGGUAAUAUUCUUUUUAAAUAAACAAAUAUUUUUGAGUUCGUGUCGUUGUCAGUGUUGUGUUGGUCUGUUUUUACGUCACUCGUCCUGAUUUCUAGAUGUUUUUUGCGCAUUUUCUGCUCUGUUCUGUGCUCAUCUCCUUUCGUUUCUUUAAUUUAAAGUAAACAAGCUUCGUUUAUGAUGUUUUUCUAACACUACAAAUCCUUAUUCCACCUCAUGUGUCCACUGAGAAGCUCUCGACUCUGGUUUCUCUUCACAAGUUGUCUGUGAAUGUUCUCAGUCGUCCAGAUUGUGAGAUAUCCAAGUGCUAAAACCAUGGCGACUGGACAAAUCCACUGUUUCUAUAAGGAAUAAUAAAAAAGAUGUACUCACCGAGCAGGUUGAUGGAAAUCUAGAAGCACGAAAGAACAAAUUAAUUAAACACGUCAGUCAAUUAUUCUCUGCUUAACUUUUGAUCUGCAGUACAUCUGUGGAUAAUUAAAAAGGUCAAUUACUGAGGUUAUUUCUAGAAUUUGACACCAUAUUUCAGAUAUGAGCCACUUUCCAGACCCCACAUUUCCUCGUAACCUUGAAUUAAUCGUCCAAUUAAACUCAAAGCUAAUAAAAAGAUUUAAUUAAGGCUUCCAGAGGUGUGAAGGUUUGCAUGAACUGUCUUGUUUGUAUGGAGGAUAUCAAUAUUGAUCCUCUUUCCUGACGCACAUAAGUGUUAGAUUUCCGAUCCUGAGGUCUUUAAAAGGCAAUAAAACCCUUUAAAUCUGAUCUGUCUGCACAUAUCCUGUUACUGUAGACAGUCUGUGGACUCUUAUAGACAUUUUAACCCUCUGAACCCCAAGUAGAUUGAUUUUUAUUUGCUCCUGAUACAUUUUUCUUCACUGUGGGCUCAUUUUUCUCUCCAAUAUAAAGUCCUGGAAACAGAACCACCAUGAUCGGACAUAUAAAGAACUCAAAAAUAUCUUCUGAUGCAGAAUGAAACAGAACGUUGAAUUUCUGAUUGAGACAUGUAGAAUAAAGGUCUUUCUAGGAGGAGAGAGAAUUUAGAAACGUCUUUUGUUCAGUACAGCAAAGUAGGGCUGGGCGAUACGGCCAAAAAAUAAAAUCUCGAUUUUUUUAGUCAUCUUGGACGAUGAUUAUUUUAAUCAACUUUUGUUGUUUCUUUGCGGUCUGUUUGCUAUGGCUAGUGCUAGCCAUAGGGUUGCCACCUUUCAGAAAUGAAAAUAAAGGACACCCACCACGACUCCUCGGGGCCACAGUUCAGUAAAACUGAAAAGACAUUCACAGAUUCAGACGUCCGGCAGUGAUUCUAUUGACACUACAGUGUAUCAGAAUGAGGUUAUUGAAUAUUUGUGUCUUUCUUUGCUGUUGCAGCAGUUUUGCAAUUUGCAGGCGGUACAGCCGGCUGCUCAGAGACGCCAAUGUUAUUUCUGCAACUUGAAAGACAGCUACUUUUGAUAAAAACUGGGCUUGUCGCACAACAUCUGCCUUACAACGAUGGACAGAGGCAUCGUUUAUGUUUUGACAACCUACAUCUAAUGAGUUAUUGAUGCUGGAAGUCUGAAUCUGUGAAUAUCUUUCCAACUUUACCAAACGUGGGGCCACAACCACCCAAUGAGUGGUUUAAUUUUGAAAAAAGCAUUGAGUCAUACUUAAAGCUUUAAGUGCUUUAUUAACACAAAACUAAGAGUUCUGUAUUGUUUUAUGAUCACAGGUUCUGUCUAAAAAGAUGUGGCAUCAUUUUAAACAGUGAAACCAAACUAAUAACAUGUAAUGACCAACCAGUGUGUAAUACUGGAUUCUGCAAAAAACUGAAUGCAGAAUACUGGACAAAGAAAUUCUCUACAGAUACUUUUCCCAUCUAAAUCUUUUCUUAACACAAUGAAUGUAUUAACUUAUUUAUGUGUGUAUGAAUGUAUUUACUGAUUUAUUUAUUUAGUACCGUUAACAUAUCAGAGUUCUGAGUGAGUUUUUCUUUAGACAGGCAAAGGCCAUUUAUUGAUCACAUAUAGGCUAUUAAAUAAAUGAUAUUGAAAAAAA